CUUGUGGGCUGUCGGCGAAUGCUUCGAAGAACCAUGGAAGCUGCAGUUGCCAAUUUGGAUCCCACGCCUAGUAAUGCAAAGUCACAGCUGGCUGCAGACACGGCCUGCUGGAAGGUGACCCUGGCCACCGUCCUAGCCAGUGCCAUAGCUGUCAUUUUCUUAGGGCUUCUUCUGGCCUCCCUCUACACACAGGACGUCAGUUUUGAGCACUCGGCUGAACUCAAAGGAAUCCUCUAUGACAGCAGCUUGCAGCAGGAGACUUCCAGUUAUUACAGAGCUUUGACUCCCACUCUGGAGAUGCUGUUUGUAAGUAGCUUUCAGAAGACAAAGCUAGAGGAGAGCUGUGUUGGCUGCACUGUGCUGAGUUACAGGGAUGGGAAUUCCAGUGUUCUGGUCCGUUUCCGCCUACACUUUGUGUCUCAAACCCUCUGGUCUCUGACCCCUGGAUUGGAGGAGGAAACGCUCCGGCAAGGUCUGAGCAUGAGGUUCCGUGAGCACAGCAUCCCCCUGCCCACCUAUGGAACCAUCUAUUCUGCUGCACUCACAGAAACCUACAUCAUGGUGUCAAGAUGCAUUUCAUGGCUAAUGCCUUUGGUUUUCUGCCUUCUCAUUGUCAUUGCAGGGAAUAAGGAGCAGCUUGCCACAGAAAUAGAGCUGAAGUCAGGGCACUGUCCAGGGAAUGCAUUCACCUGCCAGAGUAACCAGUGUGUGUCCAAAGUGAAUCCCGAAUGUGACGGCAAAGUGGACUGCUCCGAUGGUUCUGAUGAAGCUCACUGCGAGUGUGGAGGCCGGCCUGCCUUGAAAUCAGCCAACAGGAUUGUAGGAGGAAUGGAGGCUGCCAGAGGAGAGUUUCCAUGGCAAGUCAGUCUUCGAGAAAACAAUGAACACUUUUGUGGGGCAGCCAUCCUCAGUGCCAAAUGGCUGGUAUCUGCAGCUCACUGCUUCAAUGAAUUCCAGGACCCCACAGUCUGGAUGGCCUAUGCUGGAACCACCUUUCUCAGCGGCUCUGACAGCGGCACUGUGAAGGUUCGAAUCGCCCAGAUCAUCAAGCAUCCUUUCUACAACUCAGACACAGCAGACUUUGACGUGGCUGUCCUAGAGCUGGGCAGCCCCCUGCCUUUCACCAGCCACAUCCAGCCAGUGUGCCUCCCCUCGGCUACUCACAUCUUCCCUCCCAGGAAGAAAUGUCUCAUCUCUGGCUGGGGCUAUCUUAAGGAAGACUUCCUGGUGAAACCCGAGGUCCUCCAGAAGGCAACAGUGGAACUCCUAGACCAGGCGCUGUGUGCAAGCCUCUAUAGCAACUCACUCACGGACCGGAUGGUGUGUGCUGGCUACCUGGAUGGGAAGGUGGAUUCCUGCCAGGGUGACUCGGGAGGACCACUGGUCUGUGACGAGCCCUCAGGGAGGUUCUUCCUUGCUGGCAUUGUAAGCUGGGGCAUCGGCUGUGCUGAAGCUCGGAGGCCGGUCUAUGUUCGUGUGACCAGAGUUCGAGACUGGAUUAUGGAGAUCAUCUCAACAGCACCCACUGUCAGCGCACCAGCCAUCUUUCCUGACUCCUCCACCACCAGCAGUGACUGGCUUUUGACUACAGAGAAACACAUGACCAGUAUCACCACCAAGCCCAAGCUGGUCCCCAGCACAGAUCCAGAGGCAGCAUCUCUCUACCCAAGCACCACCUCCAGGCCACAAGAGUGUGGGGGGAGACCCGGGAUGCCCAAACCCAGCAAAAUCAUCGGGGGAUUUGAUGCCAUCAAGGGUGAGAUUCCGUGGCAGGUCAGCCUGAAGGAAGGGUCUCGACACUUCUGUGGAGCCACAGUGGUGGGAGAACGAUGGCUGGUGUCUGCAGCCCACUGCUUCAAUCACACAAAGAUGGAUUUUGUGAAAGCAUAUUUGGGGACAACAUCCCUCACGGGAGCAGAUGGCAGCACUGUGAAAGUCAGCAUCAAGAGUGUGGUGCUCCAUCCCUCCUACAACCCUGUCAUACUGGACUUUGAUGUGGCCGUACUGGAGCUGGCCAGCCCGCUCCUCUUCAACAAGUACAUCCAGCCAGUCUGCCUCCCACUGGCCAUCCAGAAGUUCCCUGUGGGCCGCAAGUGCAUGAUUUCUGGGUGGGGGAACACCCAGGAAGGCAAUGCAACUAAACCCGAGAUUCUGCAGAAGGCAUCUGUGGGUAUCAUUGAUCAAAAAACAUGUAGCGUUCUCUACAAUUUCUCUCUUACUGAUCGCAUGAUAUGCGCUGGUUUUCUGGAAGGGAAAACAGAUUCAUGUCAGGGUGACUCUGGGGGGCCACUAGCCUGUGAAGAAACUCCAGGAGUAUUUUAUCUGGCAGGAGUUGUGAGCUGGGGGAUUGGAUGUGCUCAGGCUAAAAAGCCAGGAGUGUACUCCCGGAUGACCAGACUCAAGGACUGGAUAGUGGAUACCAUUUCAUCUGGCCUGCAGGCUGCCUCCACCCUUUCACCUGAGAAAACAUCUAUCAUUACCAGCCAUCCUCUAGGAGGAACUUUAACUAUCACAAGUGUGACCACCAGCAAACUGACUCCUCAACCAACUAGCAAAACCACCCCCAAACUGACCAGCAAAACCACCCUUCAGGCCACCAGCAAACCUACCAGUCAGCCUACCAGCAAGACCACUCUGAAGACGACUAGCGGACCCUUGAUAAGCAAAACUACCCCACAAGCUACCACCGAAACUACGCCUAGAUGGUCUACCAGUGUGGUCAUCCCAACAAUCAGGACCACCAGUAGUAAGCUGCCCACUCCAGCACAAACCCACCAACCAGCCACACCCAUUCAGCUUCCAGACUGCGGUGUCUCUGCGGUGGGCACCCUCACCAAGAUUGUGGGUGGCAGCGCUGCCAGCCGUGGGGAAUGGCCCUGGCAGGUCAGUCUCUGGCUGAGGAGGAAGGAACACAAGUGCGGGGCGGUGCUGAUUGCGGACAGGUGGCUGCUCACUGCCGCUCACUGUUUUGACGUUUACAGUGACCCCAACCUGUGGGUGGCCUUCCUGGGGACAGCCUCCCUGAGUGGUAUGGAUGGGAAGGUUGAGAAGGUGUACCGCAUCUACAAGCACCCAUUCUACAACAUCUACACCUUGGACUAUGAUGUAGCCCUCCUAGAACUCUCUGCCCCUGUGAAAUACAACAGUGUCAUCAAGCCCAUCUGCCUCCCAGACCACUCUCAUCUCUUCACUGAAGGCACCAAGUGUUUCAUCACAGGCUGGGGAUCCAUCCGGGAAGGAGGGCUGAUGGUGAGGCACCUGCAGAAAGCCGUGGUGAACAUCAUUGGAGAAGAGACCUGCAGGAAGUUCUACCCCAUCCAGAUCAGUAACAGAAUGCUGUGUGCCGGCUUCGCCCAGGGAGGUGUGGACAGCUGCUCGGGUGAUGCCGGGGGACCGCUGGCUUGCAAGGAGCCCGCCGGGAGAUGGUUUCUUGCUGGGGUCACCAGCUGGGGAUACGGCUGUGCCAGGCCAUACUUCCCGGGUGUCUACUCCAAGGUGACGGCUGUGAGGGGCUGGAUCAGGCAGAACAUCAGACUGUGAUUGGCCAGGAAGAUCAGGAGGCACGUGGCCAGCCUGAAGACUCCCCUGGCUUCAGGAGUCAACCUGAAGCAGGCAGUGGCUGCUGACCCUAAGGAGCAUCCUGGCUCCUUAUGUUGAACAGCAGCGAUAGCCUGAAAGCCAAGAACCAUCCCUAGUGGUAACUGAUGGAAUGGCGAGCUCUGCCACCGGGAUGGAUUUAGGGCAGGGGAGGGGAGGGCAGUUGCAUUAACAUGGUGCAAUUUUAUUAGACUAUUUUAUACAAGUAAACACAACCUGUUUCAGACUCUAGCUUGUGGGGGACAAGUGAAUGACUGAGCCCUCCCCCCACCCCCUUAGGGCCACCCUUAGUCCAGGAGUAAGACUGCUGGGACAAAACCCAUUAUUUACUAGCACUAGUCACAGGCAGUCAAUGUUGGAAUUCUGUGCCUCUGUCUACCCGGGAUUGAGGACAGGGAAUCUUGAACAUAUUAGUCAGCACUGAAUAAAUGUUUGCUGAAUUUUACUCUACAACUUGGGUGACCAAGGGCUAAUCAUUUCACCUCUUGGAGAUUCAGUUUAUUCAUCUAUAAAGUGGAGCUAGAAUUUUAAUACUUCACACUACCUGUUACACUUUACAAAACUGCAUUGUCACCCUUCAAGUGCUAUAGGUAUUUUUGUGAAUUAUUUCAAUCAUCAUUAUUCCCCACCCAUAAUCAGAAAUGACCCUCACAGGAUGAGAUGCUUAGCUGUGCUGAGACAUACAUCAAGAUGAUGUGUUACUGGCAUCUCAGCAUUCAGUCCAAGACCUCCUGAAUCCCUGUGGCACCAGCCAAUUGGACCACCAGACCUAAGUAAAGUCAGGAGGAACCCAAGCCAACCUUGAAAAUACAAAACAGCAUCCUUGAUGGCUACGUGGUACAACAGAUAGGACACCAGGCUGGGAAUCAGGAAGCCACAGACAGCUUGAAGCUCUGGGCAAUUCACUUUGCCCACUUGCCUCCAUUUCCUCAACCAUAAAAUGGGAAUAAUAGCACCUACAUUACAGGAUCAUUGUGAGAAUCGAAUAAGGAAGUUGUAAAGCACUUAGAACAGUGACAAUAAGAUUUAAGCACAUCUACAUAAAUUACUAUUAUUAUUCCUCCUCAAGGCAGCUUCAGCUAGAGACCUCAAAAAGCUGUUUUCUUCAUAACCAUCUGGGUCGUCACAGCCCCAUUAUACCAAAGAGAAGUGCUUCUUAUAGCAAAAGAAGACAUUCUAAACCACACUAUUAUGCUAAAAUUUGAAAAGAGACCUCCCAGUCAUUAUGUGACUUGCCCAAGGUCACAUGGGUGCCAGUGACUCCAAAUGCAGAUCCGUAUCCCCCACACAGCUGGGCCAGGCAGGGCAGGACAUUCCAUUCAGCCCACUCUCAA